AUGGAGCAUAUUCUACAGCCAGUAUAUAUUUUCCAGAAUGCAUUAGUGAUCAUUUUUAUCACAGAAUUAAUCAUUGGAAAUUUAGGAAAUGGAUUCUUGGCCCUGGUGAACUGCAUGAACUGGAUCAAGAGGAAAAAGGUCUCAUUCGUAAGCCAGCUCCUCACUGCUUUGGCCGCCUCCAGAAUGUUUCUGCUCUGGUUAUUGUUUGCAUGCUUAUUAAUCUCCUCAUUGUAUCCAGAUUUAACCACUGCUGCAAGAGUGAUAAAAGUCAUUAACAAUCUGUGGAUUAUAGGCCACCAUUUCAGCAUCUGGCUUGCCACAUGCCUUGGUAUCUCUUAUUUUCUCAAGAUAGGCAAUUUUUCCAACUCUCUUUUUCUUUAUCUAAAGUGGAGAGUUAAAAAGGCAAUUUCAGUGACACUGCUGUUGUCCCUGAUCCCCUUGUUUUUAAAUAUUUUAUUGGUCAACUUGGAAAUUAACGAGUGUAUAAGUGAAUCUCAAAGAAACAUAUCCUACAGUUUCAUUUCUCAUUACCAUACACAGUGUCACAGGCGUGUGUUAAGCUUUUACACUAUUUUCCUGACUAUCCCCUUUGGUGUGUGCAUGUUAUCUUUCCUCCUGCUCAUCUUCUCCCUAUGGACACAUCACAAGAAGAUGCAGCAGAAUGUCCAAAGAUGCAGAGUUGCCAGUACUACAGCCCACAUCAAAGCUUUGCAAAUCGUGGUCGCCUUUCUCCUAUUAUACACCAUUUUUAUGUUGUCUCUGUUACUACAACUUUGGAAAUAUGAGUUACUGGAGGAAAGUCUUUUCAUUUCAUUUUGUCAGGUUAUAUAUGUAGCUUUUCCUUCAUUCCAUUCAUGUGUCUUGAUUCUGGGAGAUAUGAAACUGAGACAGGCCUAUCUUUCUCUGUGUUGUGGUGGCUGA